UAACAGUUAAAAAAAUGAUCAUGGAUAACCAUGCUUGUUUGAAUGAAGACGAGCUCUCCAGUGACACCAGAACACUAACUUGUACAGAGAAGAUGAAGCUUUCGUCUGAAAUCAUGGCAUUUGAAAUAAGUGAGCCAAAAAGCCAGAAAAGGUUUUCCAAACGCUGUGUAUGGACUAUGAUUAUAGUGUACCUGAUUGUGCUCAGUGCAGGCUUUGGAAUAUUGGCUUACAAAGUAUAUGAGAUAUACAAACAGAUGGAUCAGAUAAGAAAAACCCACCCGUCUUCACCAGAAAAACUGGUGAAUCACUAUUCCAAUGAGACAGAACAGAAGGAAACAAACUUCCAGAGAGAGGGAGGAAGCUGCACCAGAAAUUUAACAGAAGAAAUCCACCUAAUGAAGCUGAGCAACCAACAACUGCAACUGAAAAUUGACAGUGUUACAGAAAAAUGUGAAGACAAAGGUAUUCCAGGACCUCCAGGUGCCAAAGGAGAAAGAGGAGUUCCAGGGACAAAAGGUGACAAAGGCAAUAAAGGUGAUAAGGGUGAAAAAGGAGAACCCGGCUUAAGAGGAAGCAAAGGGGAUCCAGGUACUGGACUUCCAGGACAAAAAGGAGACAGCGGAUUUCCAGGAAUGAGUGGGCCUCCUGGUUCUAAGGGAGAAAAGGGAACAGCAGGACCAAAGGGAACCAAAGGAGACCGAGGUAUCCCAGGUGAAAAGGGAGAUGGAAGUAAUCUUGCUGUUCAUGGGCUAAAAGGUGAACCAGGAAUAAAAGGAGACAUGGGAGAAAAGGGAUCUCAAGGCUCUCCAGGAAUUCAAGGAAAACCUGGUGAUAAAGGAGAUGUGGGGCCAAGAGGACCAACUGGUGCUUCAGGGCAGAAGGGUGACAAGGGUGAACAAGGCAACGAUGGUAUGGUGGGUCUCCCAGGAAUUCCUGGAGAAAAAGGCAUGGCUGGAAUUAUGGGUCCACCAGGACAUCUUGGCUUAACGGGUGCACCAGGAAAAAAGGGAGAGGAAGGAAAAAGUGUAACCGGGCUCCCAGGACUGAAAGGAGAUCAAGGGGAAAAGGGUAACAAAGGUGAUCCUGGCCUCACAGGAAGACAAGGGCUGAAGGGGAAUCAGGGAACUCCAGGGAGCAGAGGUCUGCCUGGAGAAAAAGGAAGUUAUGGACAGAAAGGUGAACCAGGAGCAAAAGGAGAAAGGGGCUUUAUGGGGCCUAGAGGAUCUCCUGGGAUACAAGGACCUAAAGGUGAAAAGGGCACUCCAGCACGAAGUCCCAACAUAAGAAUUGCUGGAGGAAGUAAUCGGGGCCGUGUUGAAAUUCUACAUGAUAACCAAUGGGGUACAAUAUGUGAUGAUAACUGGGACCGAAAUGAUGGAACGGUGGUUUGCCGAAUGUUAGGAUACAGUAGGGCAACCAGCACCUUCACUGCAACUGCAGGCACUGGAAAAAUCUGGUUGGAUGAAGUGAGCUGUUCAGGAGCAGAAAUCUCCAUUGAUCAGUGCAAUAAAGCCUCCUGGGGUGUACAUAACUGCAAACAUAAUGAAGAUGCUGGUGUAGAGUGUUCCUAAUAGCAGAUUGUUUGCCACUUACGUCUGUCAAAUACCUGAAUACUCAAUGAAAUGCUUCUGCACUGCCAUUCAAUGGGAUGGGGACGUAUCUCUGGGCUAGUUAAGCACUUCAUUAUUUUUUAAUCCCACUUUACCCAUAGAUUGCUAUAAUAUCCUUAAGUGGCAGAGGGUCAACAUCCGUAUCUGGCUACAUUAUUAGAAUUAUAACACUGUCAAAGAUUGGUGCAUUAGCUAUUUUUUAAAGAAAUCCAAAAAAGACGAUAACUUGAAAAUAAGCCAUGCUGGGUUUGUAAUCUGAAUGAAUGAAUUUCCUUUGUUGGAUGCUAUGAUAUUGGAAUAUUUAUCAUAUAUUAAAUGUACAUUGUAGACACUCCAGGUGGGACCUGGGAAACUGUUCGUAGCUGUUGUCUCUUAUACCUUUAUACGUUAACCAUGUUCUUCGAGCCUAUUUUUUCAUGCUGAAUAUAUA